AUGAUUCGUUAGAGACCCCACUGAGCAAGUUAGAACAUGAAGAAUCAUAAGUAUUGGUAAAACGUAUUUUAUAACAUAAGGAAGUGAAAUUUCAAAACCACAGAGCGUUUAGUGGGUGUACACCCUAUAAUAUGCUAACUCCAGGCUCUAGCCAUAUGUAAAAAAUGUGAUUAUUGUGGAUUCUGUCACCAUGAGCCUUAGGACACAACUCAAGAUAGCUAAGGGUAAUUUGAACCAAAUAUAAUUUGCAUAUACUAUUCAUUUAACUCCCCGUUAUGACCCCACCCAGUAGGUGGCCGUAAUACACGAUUUUGGUGUAGUUCACCGACAAAAACCUCAAACGUAGUAAACCGAAGCGAACACGUUUGCGAUUUUGUCAUUUAGACGUUUUAUUAACACCCUGGAACUCAAAAUAUUAUUAAUUUAUCUACACAGCAUCGUACACUUACCCCCAGAUAUUAUUUAAUUCGCAUUGGAGACAGGACUUGGUUGAUAUGUUAUCUAGGUAACGCUAGCUAGCUAGUUGCGAAAGUUAACCUAACGAUGGCUGUGGUUUUUCACACUCAAAUAGCCUCCAUUAUGGAGGUGCUAGCGAAUGCAGCAGUGGCAGAGAUCUGUAAACUCGUAGACGACGACUAUGCAGUGUUUCGUUUGGAAAUUUCUCAAAGCCAGAAAGAAAACAGGGCAUUGCGGAGGAAACUACAGCUACUGGAACUGAAGGUGGCGCGAGAGCGCGUCCUCGCCAGUCGUCCCAGUAGUGUCAAGAUCCUCGACCGAUACAGAGGAUUGACAAGAGGCCACGUGAGCUUUGUGAAGCCAGCAGGACACAAUACAUGACCAACCAAUCACUGUUGAUGAGGGGAGUGGAACCUCAACCCAGCAUGUUAUUGUGAUAGAGGCUGCAGAUGCUGCAGGUCCUGGGGUCAAACAGGAGAGUUCUGAAGGAGAGGAUGACCCACGGCACAUCCAAACUGGAGUGCCUCCUGUAGCCAUGGAGGACCCCACCACUGCCCCAGCGGCAGCCAGGACCCGACGCAGCAUCACGAAGGUGAAGGACAUCUCACUAGAGGUCACAGGAGCUUUGUGAAGCCAGCUAUAGAUGAGGGGAGUGGAACCUCCGCCCAGCAUGUUAUCAUGAUAGAGUCUUCAGAUGGAGAAGCUGCAGGUCCUGGGGUCAAGCAGGAGAGGUCUGAAGGAGAGGUCCCACAACACAGAAGAGACAUCGAGAUUGGAGUGCCCCCUGUUGCCACGGAGAACCGCGCCGCCACGCCCCAACCCAGGCCCUGCCGCAGCAUCACAGAGGAGGAGGAGGGUCUAGAGGUGCUGCUGGUGAAGGAGGAGGGUCUGGGGAACCCUGAGGGGACCAUGGUCAUGGAGGACAACCAGACUACACCUCCUCCUGAACCCACAGAGGAAUCAGUUGAGCAGCACAGGACCACACACAGUCUCACUGAGUCAGUAGACAUGGAGGAUGGGAAGCCUGAUCUGCUGCUGGUCAAAGAGGAGACAAUAGAAGACGGACCAGUGAGUAUUGAUCUGCUGAGUGGACUAAAGAUGGGGGAGCAAGGUGGUUGGCUGGAGGCUAACAGAGGAGACUGGGCAAACAUCUUAGAUUUCCAGACCCAGACUGGUGCAGCCAAAGGCCCAGGGGACGACAUCACUGAGCAGGCCAGGACCAGAGGCGACAUAGUGGAGGUCAGUGGAUGGGACAGCGUCUUCAACUCUGGGCUGGGGAACAACGCUGUUAACCACAACCAGAAACAGACAGUUGAACACAAAACAACAAACAAACUUAAUCUUCAUGACAACAGACUGGUUGAGACAAGGGCGAGGCGUAGAUUUGGUCCGCGGGGACGGGGAGGUGUCAGUAUGCGGCGGGAGAGAACAGACUCGGCUAGCGAUGCUCCGUCCUGCUCCUAUAGUUGUGAUUCAGAGAUACUGAUGGCGCCAGGUGCUACCUUCAGCCUGCCUUCUAUAGGAUCUAUCAACUGGAACAUGGACCCUCCGACAACAGAGACACUUCCUGGCCUUCAUCCUCCUCACACUCUCCUAAUGUUAAACCAGACCCCAGACAAUGCCAGUGCCUCAACACUAAAUGGAUACACAAGCCCAUUGACAAAUGACAGUAGUAGUAACUCUAUCAGUAGAUCCGGUGGAAAAGAGAAGCGCUUUCCGUGCUCAUUCUGUGGGAAAGCUUUCAGUUUCCCCAAACAGGUGGAGAUCCACCAGAGGAUGCACACGGGGGAGAAACCAUUCAGCUGCCACCUGUGCCGGGCUAGUUUCUCAGACUCUUCCAACCUGAAGAGGCACCAGAGGAUGCACACGGGGGAGAAACCGUUCAGAUGCCAUGUGUGCCAGGCUAGUUUCUCACACUCAUUCAACCUGAAAAGGCACCAGAGGGUCCACACAGGGGAGAAAUCCUACAGCUUCCCCAGUGUGAGAAGAGGUUCUCCCACCAGCACCAGCUGAAGAUGUACCUGAAGGUCCACAUGGGAGAAAGACCAUUCGCCUGUACGCACUGUGGGAAGCUACCUCAGGAUACACCAACAGGAAAUGCAUACGGCCUAUGAAUAGUUUAUAGUAACAUGUAGUAGUACUAGCUAGUUUGUAGUUAAUUCUGUUGGUUUUGGAUGUAUAGGGAACUGGAUGAGGUGAACUGAGGAAAGAAUGAGUAUGAUGAGGCAGAGUAGAUAUGGUGAUGGUUGUUUUGGUGUCUGUAAAAUUGCUUAAUUGAUGGGUCCAACCCUGACUGCAUGUCCCAUUAGGUUGAUACUUGUGUUUUAUAGCGAGAUAAUGAGUGCCUUAAUUCACAUUUACUUGACAAAAGUAGUGAAGAUGUGUGUAAUGUUGAACCUUUUCCAAAGUAUUCAAACAUGUAUUCUAUUAAAGUGAGGGUACCAGAUUUACAUUAAGGUCAAGUGUUAGUGAAAAGUAUCAUGUUUCGUUUUGUGCAAUACAAGUACUGAACUUCAAGUUAUGUGAGUGUAUGACCAUCUUGUUGACAUUAAAUACAAAAUUGACUCUG